UCAUGCUGCUGCCAGGUCCAGAGUCUGUCAUGGGUCCCUGUACGGCCUCCCAUUGCUGCUGUCUCCAUCGCCACACUCUGCCAUGUGCCACUUUCAGGUCUCCUCACACUGCUGGUGUGUUGAAUUUUUUGACAUAGGGUGCUGGCAGAUUACGGGCCUCCUAUAGCUGCUGCCAGGCCCCUAAUCUGCCAUGGGCCCCUAUACCGCCUCCUCAUGCUGCUGCCAGGUCCAGAGUCUCUCAUGGGUCCCUGUACGGCCUCCCAUUGCUGCUGUCUCCAUCGCCACACUCUGCCAUGUGCCACUUUCAGGUCUCCUCACACUGCUGGUGUGUAGAAUUUUUUGAC